AUGCGCACCACCGCGAGGCCACGCUGCGCUCUGUGCGGCGCGAGGGCGGACGUGCACUGCCAGGCCGACGCCGCGUUCCUCUGCGCGCCGUGCGACGCCGAGGUGCACGGCGCCAACCUCCUCGCGUCCCGCCACCGCCGCACGCGCAUCCCGCCGCGCAACGACGCCCGCGUUUCGGCCAGGCGGAUGGGCCUGGAGGACGCGGGGGCUGCGCGCCUGCGUCCCGCGGCAGCCAACGACGUUCGCGCGCGCUGCGGGUCGACGCUCCAGGUUUGGGCCCGGCGGAUGGGCCUGGAUGCGGGGGCUGCAUGCGUGUGUGCCGCCGCAGCUGGCCGCACGGUCUGGGUCGACUUCGCCGCCGUGGCGCCACGCAUACCGCUGCGCGUCGCCAUGGCUGCCUCGCUGUGGAGGGAGGUGGCGGCUCACGCCGCCGGCCAUGAGCCUGGCUACGCGCUCCAGCGCCUGGUAGCGCAGACGUGCCGGCGAGUUUGCUUGUGGAGGCGGCGGCGUUGA